AUGCCACCGAAAGCAAAUCAAUUGAAGAAGGAGCGACUUACCCUGGCUCAAUUGUGCUCAUACGAUGAUAUAUUGACAGAUGCGCUUGUUGACCAAGUUUACUAUUGGACCAAUAUUCGCAAAAAUCGCGUCGCAUACCAUUCCUCUCGUGGAGUUAGAGAGGAAGAUGUGACCAAAAUACUUCAAAAUUCAGUGAUCAUUGAGAAGAACACCACAAAAGCAGAGUCGCAACUUUUAGCACUUCCAGGUCUUAAUAAAUUCCAGCAAAGUCUCAAGUCGGAAAAAGAGAAGGAGGAUUUUAGACGCCAUUUAAAGAAGUACAUCAAUAUUUAUCUCCCAGAUUGUCCAUUCGAGGUUUCGAGCACAAAUCGAUAUACCGUUGUUACACAUGAAGCGGCAAUUGUUGCACGGAGGGAGAUUAGGAAAGGGGAAGUGGUCAAAUAUCUUUGUGGCAUCCAAGUUGUCAUGACACCCGAGGAGGAAGCACAUAUUAAUAAUAGUCGCAGAGAUUUUAGUAUUGUCAUGUCAAGUCGCAACAAAGCCGCAUCACUAUUCUUAGGACCAGCUCGAUUCGCAAAUCACGACUGUGGCGCAAAUGCUCGUUUAAUGACGACCGGAAGUGCCGGAAUGGAGAUUAUCGCAGUGAGGGAUAUUGAAAUCGGGGAGGAAAUCACGGUCACAUACGGAGACAGCUAUUUUGGCGAGGAUAAUUGCGAAUGCCUAUGCAAGACUUGUGAAGACAAUCGCGAAAACGGAUGGGCCCAGGACACUGAUGAUAGCAAUGAGACAAUUCCCAAAUUAUCGAUUGAGCAUGAACCGACACCCCUCGACACACCUGGUUAUAGCCUUCGACGCAGACGACGACUCCCCUCUUCAGUAUCUGGAUCACGAUCCGAAUCGAUGACACCUGACGUCAAUCUACGACCACAAGUACGGAAACUGCCUCCGAGGUCACGUAGAUCAGCUUCUUCGGCUCGCAAUGGACGCUCGUUUGCUAUGGAGUCACCUUCAUCAGAAUCGACUCUGCCUGGAUCUAAUGUAGACGAGGCUAAUGAUGACAACCUUUUAUCACUAGCAAAAUCGUUAAAGCGAGUGCCUAGCGGAGAUGACUCUGCAGCGGCGACCCCGAAAAGACGGCGGGUAUCUCAAAGUAUUGAACGUUCACCAUUAAGGCUGCUACGUGGGCUGGAUGAAUCUUCACCAUCGGAAACGAUGAAACGACCAAAGAAUCAACUGAUUGUGAAGGUGGAAGAAUUUACUCCUACCUCGUUCUACGGAAAUAUUAGCAGUACCGCGUUGCCAAGUUCUGCUUCGGAAUCUAGAAGAGCUAGUAUUACAUCGUCACCUUCGGGCGAGGGAACAGGUGAAACUGAUGCAACAUCAGUUGACGAAGAAACGAUCGUGGUGCGUGAUGAGAAACCUGCUUCCGUUGGCCCGAAAGCUAAACGACAAGGUUAUGUUAAGCGAGGAAACCAUGGAGGUCGAAGAAGAGGACCACUAUGGGAAAAGGAGAAGUUGGAGAAGGCCAAACAAUCAAAUAAGGUGUCUUCGGUGAUGCAAAGGGCAGCUAGUGCGCCGCGGGAAGCUGUUCUUGUCAGUCCAAAUACCAGCAGACAGCAUCCAGCGUUACAGGAUGAUGCAGACUCAUCUGCACUUUCCGACCUUGGCUCCGACAUGGAAAUUGAUGACUCAACCAUGACAAUCUCGAAGAAACUACCGCAACCUAAAAUUCGACGUCGUCGAAGAGGGGUAGUCCCACCACCAACAACAGACUUGGAUCAUGCGCCAAAUGUACGGAUUCCUGGCGACUAUGUACUUACACAUGCACUCCUUGCUGAACCAGCUUCAGCAUGGAUUAACUGCAAAAUCUGUGAAGAACCUUUUGUUCAAAAAGAUGCUUACUUUACGAGAUCAUCUUGUCCGAGAUGUGAGAGACAUAGUAAGUUAUAUGGAUACAUGUGGCCUAAAACAGAUAAAGAGGGGAAACAUGAUGAGGAGGAAAGAGUUCUGGAUCAUAGGACUGUUCAUCGAUUUAUUAAAUCUUCAGAAGAAAAAGACAUUAGGAGGAGAAUUGGACGUGGAAGUACUGGAAGUCGUGAGGUCACAAAAGAGGCUAGUGCGACUCCGGUGGUAUCUGCUAAAGGUGACGGGAAUAAGAAACCCAAGGGAGGUUUACUGAAGGUCUAUGGGAGGAAAAGUGAAAGAACAAGGAGGGACAGAUUCACAUUGGAUGAGGUCUUCGCUCUUGUAUUUGAUAUUGUUUUGAUAUUAUACAUUCGUGGCAGGAUGUAUGAAUGUAACUACUGCGGAAAGGAGUGGUCUGGUCUGGUAGUGUACUGUGUAGAGUGCAGAGUAGAGAGAAGAGAGAAGAGAGAAGAGAGAAGAGAGAAGAGAGAAGAGAGAAGAGAGAAGAGAGAAGAGAGAAGAGAGAAGAGAGAAGAGAGAAGAGAGAAGAGAGAAGAGAGAAGAGAGAAGAGAGAAGAGAGAAGAGAGAAGAGAGAAGAGAGAAGAGAUGAUAUUUGUGAUUAA